AUGGAGGAAAAACAGAGUGUCCCGGGCAAAAAGGAGAAGGGCAGGGUGCGGUUUAACAGCACCGCCGGCGGUGAAUCCCUUUCCCUCCCCGUUCCACAGGUGGACGGCAACUCAACGCCGUCACCACCGAAUGAGAAGGAGGAAGCACCCAGCAGCCCUCCGGUCGCAAGGCCACGCCCGUCGAUCAUCAGGGGUAGCAGUUACAACUCUGUGCUCGACAUGGACUACAACAACAGCAACAGCAAUGAUAUUUUCACUCAGGACAAGCUCCUUUCAGCCGCUGCUGCACACCAGAGGGCUCAGGCGGUUGCUGCUACUAUGCUAGGGUCAUACUCAGCUCCUGGAUCAAGACGCGGCUCCUUUGAGUCCGACACAAUAUCUCAGGUUAGCAGCGGUGGUGCUCUGCUGUCACCACGCAUACGUGUGGACUCAUUUGGUGCGGACUUUGGCAAUGGCGCAGGAGCCGAGCACAUGUCGUCCCACGACCGACACAGCCAUAAUGCUGAAGCUUAUGAGCUCGUACGGGCGCAUACACAAGCUCAUGAUGCCGCCAUCGACGGGCCCCCUGGGACGAACGACCUCACGCGCGUGGCAAACACGAACCAAACGGAGAACCUCAUCGACUUGGAUUACGAAGACCCGGCCUGGGGACCUGAGAACAAACCGCGCGAGGGACUGCUCACCAAUCUGCUCAAGCUGUACCGUGUGGACGAAAUCCCCAGAAAAGAUUACAGUGGCUACACCACGCCCGGAUCUUCCGGGACUGCAACGCCUACGCGUCGCAAGUGGUAUGACCAAAACAGCUCGACCAGUACACUUGCCAGCCUGGCGGCCGCGUCCGCGAUCCUCGCCAACCCUAAUGAGAAGCGCCAACGUAGCCCGGGUCGACCAAAACACAAGAGAUCCCACAGCAGCAGGCUCAGGACCAUUAUUAGUCGACCCAGAAUGGAAGAGGAAGCUCGGAUCACAAUCCAUGUUGCCAACAUUCUGAAACGUCAGGAGUUCAUUAUCAAGCUCUGCAGGGCAUUGAUGCUGUACGGAGCCCCGACGCAUCGACUCGAGGAAUACCUCAAGAUGAUGGCUCGCGUCUUGGAGAUCGAUGGUCAAUUCCUGUAUCUGCCCGGAUGCAUGAUCAUCUCGUUCGAUGACAUGUCCAGCCACACUACCGAGGUCAAGAUCGUGAGGUCACCGCAAGGUGUCUGUCUUGGCAAACUCAAAGAUGUGCACGAGAUAUACAAGGAAGUGCUUCAUGAUGUGAUACCAGUAGAAGAAGCGAUCAUCCGUCUCGAGGACAUCAUGAAGUCAAAGGACAAAUUCAACCCGUGGCUUCGUGUCCUUAUGUAUGGCUUUGCCAGCGCAACGGUGGCCCCCUUCGCUUUCUCGGGACGUCCUAUCGACAUGCCCGUGUGUUUUCUACUCGGCUGUUUCCUUGGUUUCUUGCAGCUCAUCGUCGCACCAAAGUCAGACGUUUACAACAAUGUCUUCGAGAUUGGUGCUGCUGUUAUGACCAGCUUCCUCGCCAGAGCCUUUGGCAGCAUCAACGGCGGCGAACUAUUCUGCUUUUCCGCUAUUGCCCAAAGCUCAAUCGCGCUCAUUCUUCCAGGAUAUCUCGUACUCUGCGCUGCUUUGGAGCUUCAAUCAAGAGCCAUUGUACCAGGAUCCAUCCGGAUGGUAUACGCUAUCAUUUACUCCCUAUUCCUCGGAUUUGGCAUCACUAUCGGCACCGCUAUUUACGGUUGGAUGGACCCCAAUGCUACGUCAAGCACGUCAUGCAGUAACACAUUGGACACUCGAUGGAACUUCAUCUUCGUCCCAGCAUUCGCCUUCUGCUUGACUUACAUCAACCAAGCCAAGUGGAGGCAGAUGCCAGUUAUGAUUGCCAUCGCGAUGGCCGGCUAUGUCGUAAACUACUUCACCAGUCUCAGGUUCCCCAACAGUGCUCAGAUCAGCAAUACGCUUGGAGCACUGACGGUUGGGGUUUGUGCAAACCUGUACAGUCGACUCCGACACGGUGUUGCUGCUGCUGCAUUGCUGCCCGCCAUUUUCGUCCAAGUGCCUAGCGGACUUGCGGCUACGGGUAGUUUGCUGAGUGGUCUCAGCACAGCGAACGAGUUGACAAACUCUACACAGAUGGUGAAUGGCACAACGACCGUCCAGAUCAGUUCAACAUCAGCCGACGCCUCGCUGGACACUAUCGUUUUCAAUGUUGCCGCCAGUAUGAUUGAAAUCGCCGUCGGUAUCACUGUCGGCCUGUUUUUCGCAACGCUUUUGAUUUACCCACUUGGAAAACGGCGCAGUGGGUUGUUCACCUUCUAA